CCGCGGUCGCCGGGCGCUCUCGGCCCCGGCGCUCGCCGCUGCGGGGCUGCGGUGCGGCCAGCCUGGCCCGGCCCGGGUCCACCACCCCGCGCCUCCUGCGCGCCCGUCGGGGACCGCUGGCGCCUCCCGCGGGGAGUCCUCGCCCACGCGUCACCCGCAGCGGCUGGGGGACCCUGGGACGUGCCGGGUCGCGAGGCCGAGCCGGGCGCCCCCCAGUGGCCAGCGCCGGCCCCCAUGGCUGGGCCGCGCAGAGCCGAGCGGGCAAGGUGAAUCCAGCCCCGGGGCCGGCAGCCGGAGCGCUUGGCUGGGGCGCCGGCUCCAUGGGCAGCGGCGCUCGGCAAGAUGAUGGACGUUAACAGCAGCGGCCGCCCCGACCUCUACGGCCACCUCCGCUCGCUCAUCCUGCCGGAGGUGGGGCGCAGGCUGCAGGACCUGAGCCCCGACGGUGGCGCCCACUCGGUGGUGAGCUCCUGGAUGCCGCACUUGCUGAGCGGCGUCCCGGAGGUGACGGCUAGCCCCGCGCCCACCUGGGACGCGCCCCCGGACAAUGUCUCCGGCUGCGGGGAGCAGAUCAACUACGGCAGAGUCGAGAAAGUUGUGAUCGGCUCCAUCCUGACGCUCAUCACGCUGCUGACGAUCGCGGGCAACUGCCUGGUGGUGAUCUCGGUGUGCUUCGUCAAGAAGCUCCGCCAGCCCUCCAACUACCUGAUUGUGUCCCUGGCGCUGGCUGACCUCUCGGUGGCCGUGGCGGUCAUGCCUUUCGUUAGCGUCACCGACCUCAUCGGGGGCAAGUGGAUCUUUGGCCACUUCUUUUGCAAUGUCUUCAUCGCCAUGGACGUUAUGUGCUGCACGGCCUCGAUCAUGACCCUGUGCGUGAUCAGCAUCGACAGGGAGUCUAUUGCUGAGCACAGAAGAAUUGGAUCUCUAAGAAAAUAUUGAACAGUCCUAGUACCUUGGGAUCACAAGACCCCUCACAUACCCUGUGAGGCAGAAUGGGAAGUGUAUGGCCAAAAUGAUCCUGUCGGUCUGGCUUCUCUCUGCCUCCAUCACCUUACCUCCGCUCUUCGGAUGGGCUCAGAAUGUGAACGAUGACAAAGUGUGCUUGAUCAGCCAGGAUUUUGGCUACACGAUCUACUCCACUGCCGUGGCAUUUUAUAUACCCAUGUCGGUCAUGCUGUUCAUGUACUAUCAGAUUUACAAGGCCGCCAGGAAGAGUGCGGCCAAACACAAGUUCCCAGGCUUCCCACGUGUGCAGCCGGAGAGUGUCAUCUCCCUGAAUGGUGUGGUGAAGCUCCAGAAGGAGGUGGAAGAGUGUGCAAACCUUUCGAGACUGCUCAAACAUGAAAGGAAAAACAUCUCCAUCUUUAAGAGGGAACAGAAAGCAGCCACCACCUUGGGGAUCAUCGUGGGAGCUUUCACAGUGUGCUGGCUGCCGUUUUUCCUCUUGUCCACAGCAAGGCCCUUUAUCUGUGGCACCGCCUGCAGCUGCAUUCCGCUAUGGGUGGAGAGGACAUGUCUGUGGCUGGGCUAUGCAAACUCUCUCAUUAACCCUUUUAUAUAUGCCUUCUUCAACCGGGACCUGAGGACCACCUACCGGAGCCUACUCCAGUGCCAAUACCGGAAUAUCAAUCGGAAGCUCUCUGCGGCAGGCAUGCACGAGGCCCUGAAACUUGCUGAGAGGCCGGAGAAAGCCGAGUUUGUGCUACAAAACUCUGACCACUGUAGGAAAAAAGUUCAUGAUACAUGAUCCAGAGUGGAGUACUGAAGACAAACAGUGCAAAGCAGGUGGAAACAAGGAAAUUAUUGGCUGAGACUUCAAAACGGAACGUGGCUUCUGUCUUCUUGGCAUGGCUGAAAUGGAAUGGGGUGAUCUGUUGUACAAAGUGUAUUUUGGGGGAGAUGGCGACCUCACCCUUUUUUCCCUGUGGAUCAGUGAUAUUGUGUUUAAGUGAAAAUAGUUCUCAGUGUCAGACAGCCAUCCCGGCAGUAAGCACACUAACAGAGCUGGGUUCCGGGAGGGAAGCAGUUUCUGGUGCUUUCCACAAGUCCACAUCCACGUGAGUGGGGGAAAAUCCUAACGCACAAUUUCCAUGCUUCCAGUCUAGGCUUCUUGGUAACUCUUCAGGAAUCAUUCAUGAGACAGAGUACAUUCUGUGGUCUGACAGAAGGGUGUCUUUCCAAGCAAACUGCAGUAAGCAUAGUGUUGAAUGUGUUGCAUGUCCAUGUUAGAAAACAAAAACUUGUCAUCAGCUAAUACAAAUGAUUCCUCAGAGCAGUGUCUGUCCAGAGCUUUUGUCAAAUACUUUGGCUUUUCUGCAGGGUCCCUGUGAUUUCCUACCAGUGUAUGUCCACUGUUAAACCCCUUAUCAUUGUGGUGUAACUCAGGAACAGAUCUCAGGCUGGAGAAAGGCAGAAAACCUGAAUAAAGCUUUUCUUUGCACUCACACUCCUGAAGGCUCCUGGGAGAGGAUGGUAACUAGAGAAGAGUGAGUGCCACCUAACUGCAUUGUAUAUUAACAUGAUUCUUGGCAUGUUGUUUAUUCUCAUCUUCUACAAGGGGGCAAGGAGCCCACAGGGCUGGUCUAUAACUGUGUGUCAUGAGGAAGGAGUGUGGCGAUAGUAUAUCCAUGAAUGGUUGCGGUGCUUCUGGAGACAGCGUAAACAUGUUCAUCCAACUGGACUGUGUGAAGCAGAGGUCACCUGGACCCCUGUUGUGAAUACUCUAGAACAUCAUUCUGUUUCAUGUAGAGACUUCGUCUCUGUGUUCUCUGUAUCUUAAAUCAAAUGUGUGCCUGAUGAAUUCUGUCCUUUAAACCCCUCCCUUCAAUAAAAAUGGUCAACACUAAGGACAGGUAAGGAGACAGAAAGGGUUCCUUUGUGGAUAGCAUCCUUUAAUACUACACUAUGUGUGGGUGAAGGGGAUGGAAGGGAAUAGAUCAGAAGAGUAUCUAUGUCUACAAGGGGGAAAUGAAUGCAUACCUUUAUUUAAUAAAAAGAGAAUUGAAAGAGAAUAUUAUUUUCCUAUAAUUAAGGAGGCCGUCCUUUUACAGGAUACAAGGAGUUCCAACAUGGAUUAUGGACUUCUUCCAGCUGUCACUGAUGUUGUUUAUUAUGAGAUACAGGGAAGGGCCCCUUUCCUGUGAAGGGGAAGUAGGCAUUGUCCUUUCAGACAAAGUGUGUACAAAUUCCUGAGCUGCAGAUUUGCUAGAGUGACCAUAUAUACUUAUGUUCAUAAUUUAAAUAACAAUGAUGUCAGAUACAUGUUGUUAAAUUUGAAAAUGUUUUAUUACAUUACAUCAAAUAAAGGAUAUUUGUAGCUGUAAUAAAGAAACAAAAGUAAUUGUUUUGAAUAAAAGAUCUGAUGUCAUACAUGUUACUCUACAAAGAAUGGUGGGGGCAUACUCUGUGUUUUUGCUUGCUAAAACCCUAACAGGUAGCUGGGAGUGCUGGUGCACACCUGUAAUCUUAACACACAAGAUGUAGAGGCAGGAGGAACUGAAGACAGUCUGAGUUUACAUCUAGAGACACCAUAUAAAAACAACAACAAAACCUAACAAAUAAUUGAGUUUUGUACUAAAUUACAUUUCAAUGUAGGAAUUUAUCCACUUAGU